AUGGCGCCCAAAAGUAAAACCAAGAAGGGGGGAAAGAAGCCCGUUGACGACGAUGAUUACUGGGCCGAAAAGGAAGCUGCUGUCAAGCCGCUCGAUGUAAUAGAACCUGAAGCAGAGGAAGAUAUCCCCAAACCCGCUAAAGCUGGAAAAACAAAACAGACCGGUGGUAGUCUAUUCGAUAUGCUGAAUGAGGGAGACGAUGAUGAUGAUGAAGAUGCAGGUGAAGGUGGGGGUUUAAUGUCUAUGCUUAGGUCGAAUGCCGCUAAGAAAGAAAAGAAGAAGAAGGGAAAGAAGGGUAAGGUGGAGGUGGACGAAGAUGAAGACGAAAAUAUGGAAGAACCUGUUGCCGCUCAACCCUCCACAGCUGUGGAUCUCGAUGAUGAAUGGCCAGAAGAAGAAGUGAAACCCAAAAAGGGUAAGAAGGGAAAGAAAGGGAAGAAGCAAGUGGAAGAAGAAGAGGAUGAUAUGGACGCUAUUUUAGAGAAAGCUGCUGCUGAGAGACGAGCAGCUGAAGCAGCUGCAAAAGAGAAGGAGGAAGAGCAGAAGGCUGCUGCUGAACCCGAACCUGAGGCUGCUGCUGAAGAGGAGGGAGAAGCAGAAGAUGACGGACCAAAGAUCUUGACAAAGGCUCAAAAAGAAAAGCUGAAAAAGGAGAAGGAGAAGGCAAAGAAGAAGGCUCAAGCUGCUGCCAAGAAGGCUCCAGCACCGACUCCCGCUGCCGACGAAGAGGAACCUUCAGCAUCUGCGCCCGAGCCUGCUGCCGAGGCAGAAGAAGAAGAUGGCGAAGGAGAGGGUGCAGGCAGCUCGAAGAACAAGAAGAAAAAGAAAAAGCCAGCUGCCAAAGCUCCUGAACCUGCUGCUCCUGCAAAGGGAAAGAAGGUAUCUGCCCACAUCCAAGCCAUGCAAGCUGCCAUGGAAGAGAGGAAACGGAUAGAAGAAGAAGCACGACGAGUCGAGGAGGAGAGAAUCAGGAAGAUUGAAGAGGAAGACCGAAAGAUAGCAGAAGAAGAAGCCCAAAUUGCUGAAGCCAAAGCUCUGAAGAAGGCUAAAGAGAAGGAAAAGCAAGCUCGACUUAAGGCUGAAGGGAAAGCUCUAACACCUGCUCAAAAGAAGGAGAAAGCUGCUGCUGAAGCUAGGAAACAAGCUAUGUUGGCAAGUGGCAUGAUUGUUGCGGGUCUACAAGAUGGCGGAGCUGCUCCUGAAGCUAAGAAAAAGGUUGUGUAUGGCAAUAAGAAGAAACAACAAAAGCCUACCGCCAAAGAAACUGCUACACCCCCUCCUGAACCCGCUUCUCCUGCUCCAGUUCCAGAGGCGAAGAAAGCGGCCGCUGCUCCUGCCAAGGAUGAAAGCGACGAUGAUUGGGAUAAAUCGGCAGACGAGGCCGAGGUUGAGAAAGUCAUAGCCGGCGUUGAUAAGCUCAAGGUUGCCGAGUUGGAAGACGAUUGGGAUAAAUCAUCGGACGAUGAAGCCACCCCUGCUCCUGCUACCACAUCAGCAAAGUCCGUAACUACUGCCUCCGCUGCCAAAGCUUCUCCUGCUCCUACUCCUGCCGCUGCUCCUGCUCCUGUCGCUGCUGCGAAAGCCGCGCCUGCUCCAACUACCAAUGGCAAGCCCGCACCUCAAGUCAAUGGUAAAGCCCCCGAGGCAGAGGAAGAGUCUUCAUCCGAAGAAGAAGAAUCAUCUGAAGAAGACACUGAUUCUGACGAAGAUGAUUCUGACGAAGAGACUGAUUCAGAGGACGAAGCUACCGCUCGAAAGGCUGCUGCAUUGGAGAAGAUCGAAAAGAGAAAGGAAGCCGCUAAGGCUGCCGGAAACAAGGACGAACUUCGAUCUCCCAUUUGUUGUAUUUUGGGUCACGUCGAUCAUGGUAAAACUAAAUUGCUUGAUCAAAUUCGACAAACAUCAGUUGCCGAAGGAGAAGCGGGAGGUAUCACCCAACAAAUCGGUGCUACAUUCUUCCCUAAGUCUGCCAUCGAGGAGAAGAUGGCUGUUGUCAAUACCGACAACGCAACCGAUGUCAAAAUCCCUGGUUUACUUAUCAUUGAUACUCCUGGACAUGAGUCUUUCUCAAACUUGCGUACCAGAGGUUCAUCAUUGUGUAACAUCGCUAUCUUGGUUGUCGAUAUCACACAAGGUCUUGAACCCCAAACAAUAGAAUCCAUCAAUCUACUCAAGAAGGGCAAAACACCUUUCAUUGUCGCUGUGAACAAGAUCGACAGAAUGUUCGAAUGGGUACCCAAAAAGAAUGCUGGAUUCCGAGAAACACUAAACUCUCAAAAAGCAUACGUUAAGUCCGAAUUUGAAGACAAGAUUAAGGCUACUAAAUUAGCUUUCGCUGAGCAAGGUUUCAACGCUGAGUUAUUUGAUGAAAACAAGAACUUGGGUAGAAACAUUUCUCUUGUCCCUACUUCAGCCAUUACAGGUGAAGGUAUACCAGACAUGUUAUUACUCCUCGUCAAACUCACUCAAGAAAGAAUGAAUGCUGGCUUGAUGUACAUCUCAGAACUGGAUUGUACUAUUCUCGAGGUCAAGACGGUCGAAGGUCUCGGUACUACCAUCGAUGUCAUCUUGUCGAACGGUGUGAUGAGAGAAGGUGAUAAGAUUGUAUUAUGUGGAACAGAUGGUCCGAUAGUAACGAGUGUCAGAGCGCUCUUGACGCCUCAACCAUUACGAGAACUACGAAUCAAGUCCGCAUAUGUACAUAACAAAGAAGUAAAGGCAGCAUUGGGUGUAAAGAUCUUCGCACCCGGUCUCGAAAAAGCUAUUGCUGGAGCCAAACUCUACGUCGCUCACGACGACGACGAAGUUGAGGCUUACAAAGAUAUGGCAAUGGACGAUAUUUCAUCUCUUGAGAAAUUCAUCACCAAAUCAGGAAAAGGUGUCUGGGUACAAGCCUCAACUCUUGGUUCAUUAGAAGCUUUGUUGACUUUCCUCAAAACUUCUAAUAUCCCUGUUUUCGGUUUUGGUAUCGGUACUGUACGUAAAUCGACUGUCCGAAAUGCCGGUUUCAUGUUGGAUAAAGCACCUGAAUAUGCUGUCAUCUUGGCAUUCGAUGUUACGGUUGAAAAAGAAGCUGAAGAAUCAGCUAAAAAGGUUGGAGUGAAGAUUUUCUCUUCAAUGGUUAUCUAUCACUUGUUCGAUGCGUUCAAGAAAUACAUGGAAGAAGUACAAGAGAUACGUAGAAAAGAAGCUGCACCUAACGCUGUUUGGCCAGUAAGAAUGAAGAUACUCAAAGCAUUCGCUCAUCGUGACCCAAUCAUCCUUGGAUGUGAUAUAGUUGAAGGAUCGAUGAGAGUCGGUACACCCGUCGGUGUAGUCAAAACAGAUAAAGAAUCUGGAAAGAGGGAAAUUAUCACUCUAGGUAAAAUUACAUCACUGGAAAUCAACCAUAAACCCUUCACAAUAGUGAAAAAAUCGCAAGUCGGUGCAGGUGUGGCUGUCAAGAUCGAAAGAGCACCAUACCAAGCUGCAAAAAUGUUUGGUAGACAUUUCGAAGAGAAGGAUGAGGUGGUAUCCUUGAUAACGCGACAAAGUAUCGAUACGCUAAAAACAACCUUCAGAGAUCAAGUGGAUUUAGGAGAUUGGGCAAUAAUCAAAAAGAUGAAAACGGAACAAGGUGUACAAUAA